ACUGACAGCCCGGGGGGAGAGCUUUUCUGUGCGCCGUAGCCCCGUUGGACUUGAAGGGGCUCUACGUGACGGCUGAGGAGUGGGCAACACUUCUGAACGGAGCGCAGCAGUGCAGCACAUUUCAGACACGCAGAGAGGAGAGGAGCCGUGCGGAGAGACGGGUGCCCAUCCGUUAACUAGCUGGAGGAACGCACACUAACAAUCCCUUAUGGCUGCUUGAGAAAUAACCAAACACCCCCCCUCCCCCUUUUUUCUCUUUCUCUGGGACUUUUGGCUUUUUAGUAUUGUCCUGACCAGAAGUUGUUGCAAGUCGAGUUAGUUUCUCCAAGUUGAAAAGUGAAUCCACUUGCCGUGGACUUCUCUGGCGGUCAUGGAUACCCAUAUAAGAUGGAAAGUUAAACGGACGAUAAGGGACGCCCAAAUCACUUUAGCGGUGAUUCUGCUUUUUGUCACAUCGCAAGCAAGUUCAGUGGAACCAGCAGACCUCUUGAAGAUUUUAGAUUUUCACAGUUUACCCGAGGGUGUUCUAAAAACAACGGGUCUCUGCUCACAUCGGAGGUCAACACAAGGACCCGAUGUCGCCUACAGAGUCUCCAAAGACGCCCAGCUGAGCGCCCCCACCCAACAGCUGUAUCCAGGUGAUGUGUUCCCGGAGGACUUUUCCAUCUUGGCCACAGUGAAGCCUAAGAAGGGCAGCCAGUCCUUCCUGCUGUCUGUGUACAAUGAGCAGGGCAUCCAGCAGCUCGGGCUGGAGGUGGGCCGUUCUCCAGUGUUCCUGUACGAGGACCACACAGGCAAACCCAGCCCCGAGGACUACCCCCUCUUCAGAGGAGUCAACCUGGCUGACGGAAAAUGGCAUCGAGUGGCCAUCAGUGUGCACAAGCAGACCAUCACCCUCAUUCUGGACUGUAAAAAGAAGACCACCCAGAAGUUGCUCCGAAGCCCCCACCCCAUCAUCGAUACCAAGGGAAUUGUAGUUUUUGGAACUAGAAUACUUGAUGAAGAAGUCUUUGAGGGAGACAUCCAGCAGCUAUUGAUUGUAGGAGACCAUCGUGCUGCCUAUGACUACUGUGAGCACUACAGUCCUGAUUGUGAAGUGCCCAUGCCCGACCAGCCUCAGAACCAGGACCCCAACACCGAUGAAUAUAACACAGAGGAGGACAGCUACUAUUACGAGUACCCUUACUAUGAGGACACCGAGGGAAAGCCUCUUGAAUCAACAUCUGAUGCUGAGAUGACAAAAGAAGUCAAGGUGGCAGAUGAAGACAGCGUGGUUUCUGAAGUGGAGGAGGCUAAGAGGGUUUCUGGUGCCAUCGGCGGCAAAGUGACCUCCAUCACCAGCAGCUCAUCAGCUGGCUCAUCAGCUGGCUCAUCAGCUGGUUCAUCCGCUGGCUCAUCAGCUGGCUCAUCCGCUGGCUCAUCUGCUGGUUCUUCAUCCAGCUCUUCAUCCAGCUCCACAGGAACUGCCACUGCCGGAGGAGAAGCCUACGGAGAGGAGGCCGCCCCUUACGAAAGUUACGAUGGCUACGGUAACUACGAGACCUACUAUGACGAGGCCACGGCAGCCCCAGAUACAGACUCCUCCCGACGGGUCACCAUCACCAGCAGCAGCAUCGGCACUGGGGGCGAGGUGGACCUGGAGGCAGGGGGAAAGAUUGACUUGAGUUCAGCCUCCAGCGUCGAAAGGCGGGUCACCGGUGGAGAAGGAUCUUCAAUCACCAUGACCGCCAAUAAGACAUCAGUUGUAACUUCCGUUGGUGACUAUGGUGAUGAGUAUGAUUAUGGCACCGACGACGCUUAUAGCCUUGGUGCAGAAGGUGACACCACCAGUACCGUCCAUGUCAGUGGAGGUGGAGGCAGCAGCAGCAGUUCAGUCCACGUUGGAGGUGGAGGUGGAAGCAGCAGCAGCAGCAGCAGCAGCAGUUCAGACCAUGUCAGUGCAGGUGGAGGAGGUGGAAGCAGCAGCAGCAGUUCAGACCAUGUCAGUGCAGGUGGAGGAGGUGGAGGAGGCAGCAGCAGUUCUACCAUGACUAUCGGGGGCGGGUCUUCCUCUGCGGGGGGAUCUUCCACCACCGGAGGGGGAUCAGCCAGCGCCGGCACCGGAGCAGGGGGCUCCAUCGCCACGGGAACAGGCCUGGGUGUUGAAGGAGAGGGAGACUACACAGACCUGGAUGGGUUCAAGGAGGAGCACCUCAGCGAAUACAGCGAUUUAGACUCGUACGGCACCUACGAUGACCUCGACUAUGACGACGGGGGAAAAGUGCUGCCUGCUGAGACCGGGACAGAUUAUGGACAGGUCCACGGAGCCCGUGGCGAGAAGGGACAGAAGGGAGAGCCUGCUGUUAUUGAGCCUGGAAUGUUGGUGGAGGGCCCGUCUGGGCCUGAAGGGCCAACAGGCCUCCCCGGGCCCCCAGGUUCUUCUGGCCAACCAGGCAGUUCUGGAGAUUCUGGAGAGAGGGGUCCUCCUGGUCGUGCUGGUCUUUCCGGUGCUGAUGGUCUGCCCGGACCCCCUGGUACCGUCCUUAUGCUGCCUUUCAGAAUGAGUUCUGGUGGUGACUCCGGACAGAAGGGCCCUGCUGUGUCAGCACAGGAGUCCCAGAUGCAAGCCAUCAUGCAGCAGGCUAGGCUGGCUAUGCGCGGCCCUACAGGUCCCAUGGGUUUGACUGGCAGGUCCGGCCCUCUGGGUCCUCCCGGGGACUCAGGCAUGAAGGGAGAGUCUGGAGACUCAGGUCCUCAGGGACCACGUGGACCCUUGGGAUCCUCUGGACCCUCUGGAAAGCCUGGCAGAAGGGGUCGUUCUGGAGCCGACGGUGCCAGGGGCAUGCCGGGACAGUCUGGAACCAAGGGAGACCGAGGCUUUGAUGGUCUUUCCGGACUUCCUGGUGAAAAAGGACACAGAGGUGAAUCUGGACCCUCUGGACCUCAUGGUGGUCCUGGAGAGGAUGGAGAAAGGGGAGAUGAUGGAGAGAUCGGGCCCCGGGGACUUCCUGGCGAAUCAGGGCCCCGCGGCUUGCUCGGACCAAAAGGACCUCAGGGACCCUCUGGACCCCCUGGUGUUACUGGAAUGGAUGGACAACCUGGACCCAAAGGAAACAUCGGACCUCAAGGAGAACCAGGACCUUCUGGACAGCAAGGAAACCCAGGAACCAUGGGUCUUGCAGGGCCCCAAGGAGCCAUCGGACCCCCAGGAGACAAGGGACCUUUCGGGAAACCAGGCUUGCCAGGAAUGCCAGGAGCUGACGGCCCACCGGGUCACCCUGGAAAGGAAGGGCCUAACGGAGAGAAAGGACACUUGGGCCCUGCUGGCCCUCAAGGACCCCUUGGUUAUCCCGGGCCCCGAGGUGUGAAGGGAGCCGACGGUGUCCGCGGUCUGAAAGGACACAAGGGUGGAAAGGGAGAAGAUGGAUUCCCCGGCUUCAAGGGAGAUUUGGGAAUCAAGGGCGACAGGGGAGAGCUCGGCCCAGGAGGACCCAGAGGAGAGGACGGUCCCGAGGGUCCCAAGGGUCGCUCAGGUCUCUUAGGAGAUUCUGGUCCUCUCGGCCCAUCUGGUGAAAAGGGUAAACUCGGAGUUCCCGGACUCCCCGGAUACCCAGGAAGACAAGGACCAAAGGGAUCUCAAGGUUUCCAAGGAUUCCCAGGAGCCAACGGAGAGAAAGGAGCUCGGGGAUUGGCAGGGAAGUCUGGCCCACGCGGACAGAGGGGACCAACGGGGCCUCGAGGAGAGAGAGGAGCAAGGGGACCAACAGGAAAGAAUGGACCAAAGGGUACCUCAGGAAAUGACGGCCCACCAGGACCUCUUGGCGAGAGGGGUCUGCCAGGGCCUCAGGGACCAACAGGUUUCCCAGGACCAAAGGGCCCUCCUGGACCCGCAGGAAAAGACGGACUGCCCGGACAUCCUGGACAGAGAGGAGAGACUGGAUUCCAAGGCAAGACUGGCCCUCCUGGCCCCCCAGGUGUGGUUGGACCUCAGGGACCAACAGGUGAGACUGGACCAAUGGGAGAUCGCGGUCAUCCUGGACCCCCAGGCCCACCUGGUGAGCAGGGUCUACCUGGAUCUGCAGGAAAGGAAGGAGCCAAGGGUGACCCCGGUCCUGCUGGCCCACUCGGUAAGGAUGGCCCUCCUGGACUCAGAGGUUUCCCCGGAGAGAGAGGUCUGCCCGGCCCUGUGGGGGCUCAUGGCCUGAAAGGAAGCGAAGGACCCCAUGGCCCACCUGGACCCGCUGGUUCUCCUGGUGAGCGCGGCCCUGCUGGCCCAGCCGGACCUACAGGUCUGCCUGGACGUUCCGGACCCCAGGGACCCCCGGGGCCUUCCGGAGAGAAAGGAGGACCCGGAGAGAAAGGACCUCAAGGCCCAGCUGGAAGAGAUGGUAUUCAGGGACCUGUGGGUCUGCCCGGCCCUGGAGGACCUCCUGGACCCCCCGGAGAGGACGGAGACAAGGGAGAGCUUGGAGAGUCCGGCCAGAAAGGAGGCAAGGGUGACAAAGGAGAGCAUGGCCCACCUGGUCCCACCGGCCCUCAAGGACCUGUUGGAGCACCCGGUCCAGCUGGUGCGGAUGGAGAGCCCGGUCCCAGAGGUCAGCAGGGUCUGUUUGGUCAGAAGGGAGAUGAAGGAUCCAGAGGGUUCCCCGGACCUCCAGGUCCAGUUGGUCUGCAGGGCUUGCCUGGUCCCCCCGGUGAGAAAGGUGAAACUGGAGACGUUGGUCAAAUGGGUCCACCCGGUCCACCUGGUCCCAGAGGCCCCUCAGGACCCCCAGGAGCUGACGGCCCUCAGGGACCUCCCGGUGGCAUUGGAAACCCUGGCUCUGUUGGAGAAAAGGGAGCUGCUGGAGAAACAGGAGUGCCCGGACUUCAGGGAGAACUCGGAGGACCAGGUCCAAGAGGAGAGAGAGGAGAGAAGGGAGAGGGUGGUCCAGCUGGUACAUCAGGACCCCCCGGCCCUAAGGGUCCCCCUGGAGAUGACGGUCCCAAAGGAAGCCCCGGUCCAAGUGGUUUCCCUGGUGACCCUGGUCCCCCUGGAGAGCCCGGUGCAGCUGGAUUAGAUGGACCCGCUGGUGACAAGGGAGAUGACGGAGAGGCUGGUCAAGCUGGUUCUCCUGGACCCACUGGAGAGUCUGGUCCCUCUGGACCCCCAGGAAAGAGAGGCCCCCAUGGAAUAUCAGGACCUGAGGGAAGACAAGGAGAGAAGGGGACUAAGGGAGAGACUGGUUUGGAAGGUCCCCAAGGAAAGACAGGCCCCGUUGGUCCUCAAGGAUCACCUGGCAAGCCCGGUUCUGAAGGCCUGCGGGGUAUCCCUGGCCCAGUUGGAGAGCAAGGUCUUCCUGGUUCUCCAGGCCCAGAUGGACCUCCGGGACCCAUGGGUCCUCCUGGUUUACCUGGUAUGAAAGGAGAUUCUGGCGUUAAAGGAGAAAAGGGCCAUCCUGGGCUUAUUGGUCUUAUCGGACCCCCAGGAGAACAGGGAGAGAAGGGUGACCGUGGUCUGCCCGGCCCCCCAGGACAACAUGGCUCCAAGGGAGACAAUGGUAUUGCCGGUCCUUCAGGUCCUCUCGGUCCCCUCGGCCCCCCUGGACUACCUGGUCCAUCUGGUCCUAAAGGAGCUAAAGGGUCAUCUGGUCAAACUGGACCGAAGGGAGAGACCGGUACAUCUGGACCUCCUGGCCAACCUGGCCCCCCCGGCGAUGUCAUUCACCCCCUCCCCAUGAUGUCCAACAUGAAGGGCAGAAAUCGCAGGAACAUCGAUGCCAGCGAGGUGAUGGACGACAUGCCUGCAGAUACCAACUACAAGGACUACGAAGACGGCAUGGAGGAAAUCUUUGGCUCGCUCAACUCCCUGAAGCUGGAGAUCGAGCAGAUGAAGCAUCCGAUGGGAACGCAGAGCAACCCGGCGCGUACCUGUAAAGACCUGCAGCUCUGCCACCCCGACUUCCCCGAUGGUGAGUACUGGAUUGAUCCAAACCAGGGCUGCUCUCGGGACUCCUUCAAGGUUUACUGCAACUUCACAGCAGGAGGAGAGAGCUGCAUCUUCCCAGAUAAGAAGUCUGAAGGGAGCAAAAUGGCAAAAUGGCCCAAAGACUCGCCAGGCACAUGGUAUAGUCACUACAAGAGAGGUUCCCUGCUCUCCUACGUGGAUGCCGAGGGUAGCCCCGUCAGCGUGGUCCAGAUGACCUUCAUGCGGCUGCUGAGCGCGGCUGCCAGACAGAACAUGACGUACAACUGCUACCAGUCGGUGGCCUGGCACGACCAGGAGCAGGACGGCUACGACAAGGCCAUCCGCUUCCUGGGCUCCAACGACGAGGAGAUGUCUUACGAUAACAACCCCUACAUCCGCGCUGUGGUCGACGGCUGUGCGUUGAAAAAGGGUUAUGAAAAGACAGUACUUGAGAUCAACACGCCAAAGGUGGAACAGGUGCCAUUUGUGGACAUUAUGUUCAACGACUUUGGCGGCUCCGCGCAGAAGUUUGGAUUUGAAGUGGGCCCUGUCUGUUUCAUCGGCUAAGACUGUUUACUGAACAAAUGGAGAAAAAAAAGCAUAUAUUUGUUUUCUCAGAGAAAAAAAAAAAACUAUUGAAAAAGAAUAGGACAAUUCUAUUUGUAAAAAAGUAACUUUUUUUUCCAUAAAGCAACAAGUAUGAGUAAAAAUGAAAUCAAGUGAAAUUCUAUAGGAAUAGAGGAAAAUAACCUUGAAACCUCAGUGUGCCUUCUCCAUCACAUGCACGUUUUGAAACUGGAUGUCAGAUCCUGCCUUCUACACAAACAACCCUAGCCCCAUGCCACCAUUCUCCAUUUAGAUUUAGACAUGGAAGGCGACCCUGAGAGCUCCAACCGUUCCAGACGCUCGCUGCAUUUGCCACGGACUCCAUCUGAUUUGGCUCUUUGUUUUCCUUUCAGUUCUGAUCUCAUGUUUUCCCGCCCCUCCCCGGCUUAUUCCACUUGUCCUUUGUUGUUUUGUUCGCUCAUUCACUACGGGAGCUUUGUUUGUGCAUAAUUCUCUCCCCAUUCCCUUGGAAUGGACCAUAUAUAUAUAAAUAUAUAUAAAUAAUUUGUAUGUUUGUAAGUACAUUCUGUAUAUUUUUCAUGGUAAUUUGUAUUGCCUCUGGCUUCAAAACAUGCAUGUGACCUUUUAAUUGUGAGGUAGGAUAUGAUGGAUACAGGGGUAAAUGGUAGAAAUAUAUCAAAAGUGAGGAAAUUCGACUUGUAAAUUAAAAAAACUCAAAAGAAACAAAUUGGGAAGUCCUGUCUUGUUGCGGUUGUGGAGCACACCUUGUUGUAAUUUAAGAACAGAAUGGAAAUAAAAGACGAAAACAAGCUCUGUGAUAUUAUGUGAUUUGCAUAACGAACGACCACACAAAAUACAUUCCUCCUUUUGUGCCCUCUGAACAGAACACCCAGCUUGGUGGUUAAUAUUAUUAACUUAAUAAACAGCUUCUAUUUUUUCUUUUCUUCAAAUACACAUCUAUCUGACUAUGCAAUGGGAAGUGAUGUCACAUUGAAAUGAAAACACAAAGAAAUCAAAUCCUAGGUGCUAUUUUCUCUCUUCUGUGGUGCUAUGUGUUUUUCUAAUUUGUGUUGUUUGAAUGAAAGAAAAUGUGCGGUGAUAAUAUUCCACCGCCAGCAGCCCCCUUGACUCUUUACCACCACAUCCGACGCAGGUGGAUCUUUGCUGCAUCUAUUUACUUGUUUUUCUUCAAAUGUUCAGCAGUGGUGUUUGCAUGCCAUUUCUCUACACAUCCACUCACAGAUCAGUGCAGCAUGGCGGCGUAUGUUGUCUCCUGCUUCAGCGGACCGCACAAACUUGUACAAAUGUUGGAAUAACGAGAGGAAAGAUGGUGCUGUUGGCUUUGCAUAUCAUUGCUCUAAGAAGCUGCAUCAUGGAGUUGAGGAGUGGACAUGUUGUGAUUGGGCCAAAGCACCCAAAAAGGGAUAUGGGAUAAGUUUUGUUUGGUGUAUAAAACCCUAAACGCUUCCACCAAAGGUUUUCAGGUAUAUUAAUAUAGCUUUAAGGGCCAUGGUGGCUUGAAAUCUUUUUUUUUAAUGGGAAACAACUUGAAAAGUAUUUUUUCUCACAGUAGAAGCAGGUCAUCAGAUGAAAGCGUUGGCUCAUGCAGCAUCAAAGAUUGCUUGUUGGUCUUUUGUUUUUGCCCUUAUUGUAAUUAUGCUCUUUGUUUAAACUAUGCACUCUCUAUGCUUAUGACCACUAGUAUCUGCCACAGGAUUUUACCGCUCUUCAUACAUAGGUUUUUUUUUUUUAAAUCUUUAAAUAUGUGACUUGAACCAUUUCUGUUAAGAUAACUCAAUAUGCUUGUAGAUCUUUGACUUUGUUUUUCAUUGUGAUGCAGUACACCCAAAUUUAACACUUUCCUCUCAAAAAGAAAAAGGAGAAACAACAUUUUUGUAAAUUUCCAGAACCAGCAGUGAUGCUGCCAUUGUUUUUGUUUCAUUUCAUUUUGUAGAUGUCCGUUUGUCUGUCUGUUUGUUUGUUUUUCACAGUCUUUGUCAAACCUGUGUAAGGAUAAAAGGAUAGAAGUUAUAUUGGUUUUUAUGUCAAUAAAUUCAAGUUUACUGUGGCCAUCCA